AUGCGCGAUCCCCGGCCGGGGGCCGACCGCCCCGUGCGCCUGGCGAUGUGGGACCUGAAGCAGUGCGACCGAAAGAAAUGCACCGGAUGCCGAUUGGCCGUCCAGGGCCUGGUCAGGACCCUGCGCCUGGGGGAGAGGUUCCCCGGCCUGGUGCUCACGCCUGCUGCCCAGCGAUGCGUGUCGCGGGAAGACGCAUGGAUCGUGAAGGCCAAGGGCGUGGCGGUUGUGGACUGCUCGUGGAAGAGGCUGGAUGAAGUGCCCUUUGGCCAGACGCGCGGCGCGGCGCCGCGAUUGCUGCCCUACCUGGUGGCGGCCAAUCCAGUGAAUUACGGCAAGCCCUGCCGGCUGUCCUGUGCGGAGGCCCUGGCGGGCGCCCUGGCGAUCUGCGGAUUCGGGGAGAUGGCCGGGGACGUGAUGGCGCGGUUCAAGUGGGGGCGCGCGUUCAUGGAGCUCAACGGGGGCUUGCUGGAGCGGUACGCGGCAUGCGAGACGAGCCAGGAGGUGAUCGAGGCGCAGGGCGAUGUGUUGGAGUCCAUGCGGACGGCUGAGUAUGAUGCGCCGUGUUAUGACUUUCCUGAGUCCGGGUCGGAGUCAGGGGACGAAGGAGACGAAGGAGACGAAGGGGGCGAAGGAGACAGAUGGGGCGAAGGAGACGGAGGGGGCGAAGGAGACGAAGGGAACGACGAGGAGGAAGGGGAAUCUGAGGGAAAGGGCCCAGCGGGGGACCCCCAGGAGGGUGCUGAGGCACCUGAUUGGGGCUUUUCGGGCGAGGAAAGAGAUUUGGACGCUUUGGAGGCGCGGAGCGGGGGACAGGGGGAUUUGCGGGGGGCAGAAGGCACCAGCGGAUGUCGGGCAGAGGACGGGUCCGCGUCUGGGUCGCUGGUUGCGGACAUGGGGAUGCUGGGACUGGAUGCUGGAGAAGCCAAGGGGCACACUGGGGGCACGGCUGACUGCUCGGUUGGGAAAGUGGGUGGACGGACGUCUCCAGCAUGUAAAUGCCAGACAAACUCAUCGACAACAAACAAUACUUGA